AUGUCUUAUAUCGUACUGUUGGACGCGGCCAGCAAGUAUCAAUCACGGUCAGCUGUCGUCGAUUACGCAAAUCAAACCGCUGGUUUAGAUACACGUAGUACAACUGCCGAGGGUCUAUGUGGAGAACCUCCUGAUGGUAUAGAGCUGUUAGAUGCUGUAUUCCCUCUUCAUAACAACAAAAAAGUUGUCAUAUUUAGGACUACUGCAUCCUCUGAAUAA